CAGAUCUUCCCUCUGCCCAAAAGUGCGACAACUUCUUCCAGGAACUUUUUCUUAUUUAUUUACUCUCUCACUCUAUACAGCUUUACUCCUCCAUUAUAUUGCCAAAGAACAUUUCCCAGAAUGAGAGGCGAGAUUCUGCAUCUGCACGUCGGCCAGGCCGGUGUUCAGCUCGGCAACGCAGCUUGGGAGCUCUACUGUCUCGAGCACGGCAUCGGCCGCGACGGUCGCAUCAGCGCGGACGUCCAGGACCGCGAUGAUCUGGGCUCUCCCGACACCUUCUUCACCGAGACCAGCAACGGCAAGCACGUGCCGCGGGCCAUCUUCGUCGACCUCGACCCGUCCCCCAUCGACGAGAUCCGGGCGGGCGACUACCGCCAGCUGUUCCAUCCGGAACUGCUCAUCAGCGGCAAGGAGGAUGCGGCCAACAACUAUGCGCGCGGGCACUACACCGUCGGCAAGGAGAUGAUUGACACCGUCAUGGACAAGAUCCGCCGUGUCACAGACAACUGUCACUCCCUCCAGGGGUUUCUCAUGUUCCACUCCUUUGGCGGCGGCACUGGCUCCGGCUUUGGUGCGCUGAUGCUUGAGCGUCUGGCCACCGAGUACGGCAAGAAGACGAAGCUCGAGUUUGCCGUCUACCCAGCUCCUCGCACGUCCUCGGCCGUCGUCGAGCCUUACAAUGCAGUCCUCUCGACCCACAGCACCAUCGAGCACUCGGACUGCACCUUCUUGGUGGACAACGAGGCAGUCUAUGACAUUUGCAAGCGGAAUCUCGACAUCUCUCGGCCGUCCUUCGAUCACCUCAACCGCCUCAUUGCCCAAGUGGUCAGCUCCAUCACGUCGUCUCUGCGAUUCGACGGCGCGCUCAACGUCGACCUGAACGAGUUCCAGACCAACCUGGUUCCUUUCCCGCGCAUCCACUACCCCCUGAUCAGCUACGCCCCGGUUGUUUCCACAAAGAAGGCCUCCCACGAAAGCUUCAAGGUUCAGGAGCUGACACUUCAGUGCUUUGAACCCAACAACCAGAUGGUCGUCUGCGACCCCCGCAACGGCAAGUACAUGGCCGUGGUCCUGCUGUAUCGCGGCGACGUCGUGACUCGUGACUGCACAGUCGCCGUCGCCCACGUCAAGGCCAAGGCAACCUUCAACAUGGUCGACUGGUGCCCCACGGGCUUCAAGCUCGGCAUCACCUACCAGAAGCCCACGGCCGUCCCCGUCGACGCUCAGGAGGGCGGCCUCGCCGCCGUCAAGCGCUCCGUGUCCAUGCUCUCCAACACGACCGCCAUCGCCGAAGCCUGGUCGCGGCUGGACUAUAAGUUUGACCUCAUGCACAACAAGCGCGCAUUUGUCCACUGGUACGUCGGCGAGGGCAUGGAGGAGGGCGAGUUCUCGGAGGCGCGAGAGGAUCUGGCUGCUCUGGAGAGGGAUUACGCGGAGGUUGCUGCCGACUCUUUCGAGCCUGACGAGACUGCCGAGUAUUAAAAGUACCGCGCGCUUGACAAGAAAUGUGAUUCGGCCGACGACGACUUGACGCUGAAACGAAAUGGAGACGAAACGAGGACUUGUUGUGAUAUAACGGAAAGGUUUUGGCCUUGAGUUUUUCUCUGACAUCGGUGUGGUCGUAUUGGAGUCUAGACUGUUCCAUUCCCUCCUUCGCCAUUCGCGCCCCUUUCCCCUUGUUUUCAUCUGUCUGUUUAUUUUCCCUUUCUUUUUGCCUUUCUUGCUGGAUAUGGAUGUUUGGAGCAAGCAUGCACAGAAAAAAACACCACGUUGAUACCUCUAAUACCACCAAAGUUG